UUCGCACCACUAGUGGUAACCGUUAUUGAGCUACCAGAUUUUUGCAUACUCAUUUUGUUCGACAUUUUUGUAUUAAACGGGUUCUGGGCCAUGUAUCUGUCACUUAUUAUUUCAAUAUUGUUUAAUUGUAUGCGUCUGGGUCAAAGCGCCAUUGACGACAAUUGCCCAACGCUGACAAAUGGUGACACCUUAUCACAGACGCAGUUGCUGGAUCGCCUCACACAUGGAUGCCGUUAUGAUCGGCUAGAACGUCCCGUUACCUACACAGAGGAUGGGACACGUCUGCCUGUUGAUGUGUAUAUGCGUGCCUACAUCUAUUUUGUUCAGAAUUUGGAAGCACACGAUUUGCAGUUCAAAAUAUUUGCACUACUGCAAAUGCGGUACCUGGACCCCCGUCUAAAUUUUCGCCACGUGGCACCCAAACGCUUGCAGCCGAUUUUGGGUGAGAAGCAAUUGCGCGAUUCCAUCUGGCUGCCACACAUAUUUCUGGCCAACGAGCGUGACUCUAGCAUAUUAGGCACCACUGAGAAGGAUAUAUUAACAUCCAUAUCACCGGAUGGAACUGUCAUUGUCUCAUCGCGCAUUAAGGCCACACUCUACUGUUGGCUAAAUCUUAAGAAAUUCCCGUUUGAUGAACAGUACUGCUCCACAAUCCUGGAGAGCUGGAUGUACAACACAUCUGAGUUGGUGUUGCAUUGGGAACAAAAGCGACCCAUCACAUACGACCCCGCAUUGCAUUUAACCGAAUUUCUACUGCAGCGCUCCUGGUCUAAUGAAACUGUGAUCAACGCGGACCUAAGCGAUUUGCGCCAUGGUGCCUUUGCCGGUAAUUAUAGUUCGCUAAGCUUCACAGUUCAUUUAACGCGCGUGGUGGGCUUCUAUUUGAUGGACUAUUUUUUGCCAUCGAUGCUAAUUGUGGCCAUAUCAUGGGUAUCCUUUUGGUUGCAAGCGGAUCAGGCGCCCCCUCGCAUCACCCUGGGCACUAGUACCAUGUUAACAUUCAUAACACUAGCCUCAGCACAAGGCAAAACCCUACCCAAGGUCAGCUAUAUUAAAGUGUCGGAGGUUUGGUUUCUGGGUUGCACGAUUUUCAUAUUUGGAAGCAUGGUGGAGUUUGCAUUCGUUAAUAGCAUUUGGCGACGCAAACACAAUGUACCCAUCAGGAAGCUCAAUAGUCGUCACAUUCUUAAGUCGACGCUGUCACCGCAUUUGCUGCGUCGGCGCAGCCACGCUCGCUCACGUUCCUUUUCGGGCAUUCUACGACAGAUGGACAGCAGUUCGCUGGGCAGCAACCAACCGUUCAACAACUAUUUGACUGUGAAUUUGCCUAUCACAACCAUAACAGAGGGCCAAGUCAUGAGUCAGCAAAAAGAUGCAAAGCGCAAAGGCAGCCUCGGUAUGCUGAACAGCAACACCAAUAAUCGGAAGCUCGAUGUGAAUUUUGUGGAAAGUGCUUUGGGUGCCGCUGCUUCGACGGCAACUGCUUCGGUUUCUAAUGCAGUCAGCAUGGAGCUCCCCGAUUUUAGCAGCAAUAAUAAUUUAUUGGGGGAGGACUUUAGUCAUGAGGAACAGAUUGCUUCUACUGGCUGGACAACGCUUACACCGCAAGAAAUUGCAAUAUGGAUUGAUAACCAGACGGCAUCUUGUUGGUCAAUAGUGUAAUGCUGUAUGUGUAAGAGCAGUAUCGCUAUAGUGUUGGUUGGCUUAAUUUUUUUUUCCAACACAUAUAAGCGUACACACACAACUAAACAAUAACAUCGGGGGCCCCAAAAACGCUCGUUCGCUCGCGACCGACGAAGACGGACGAAAAACCUUCGUCGUGUGAAUGGUAAAUGAAAAAAAAAGAAAAAAACUAUAGUGCAAUUUUAACCCUACGCCAAAAUAAAAAGAAGAAAAAAACUACAUAGAAAUUAAGCAACAAAAACAUCGCAAGCGAGUGCAAGUGGCAAACAUAAACAACAGCAAGAACAAGAACUAAACAAACGCAGAUCGCUGUUUCUGUGUGCGUGCGUUAA